CUGACUCCAGCUCGGGGGCUGCUCAUUCCCCCGAUGAGCGAGGGCAGCGGCACAGGGAGAGCCCCCUCCCCGCGCGCCGCCGCUCCGCGCUCGGGCUGAAGUUUUGCACGAGGAUCUGCCCCGCUCUCGCAAGGAUUGUACCGGCUGCCGUUCGACUUUGCGCCUCCAGACGUGCCUUCCCCGACCCCUAAGAUGAAGAGGGCGAUAGCUGAAGGAAGCAAACUGCUGAUUUUGGUGUUUUGCUUGAACAUCCAGUCAGAAGUGGAGUCUUGCCCUGGGGCGUGUGUAUGCUACAGCGAACCGAAGAUUACGAUAAGUUGUCAGCAGCAAGGACUGACAGCAAUCCCAACAGAGAUACCCAUCCAGAGCCAGCGCAUCUUCUUGCACAACAACAAGAUAACCCUUGUGAGGUCCACCAGCUUCACCUCCUGUCGCAACAUGACAAUUCUUUGGAUCCACUCCAACAACAUCAGCCUCAUUGAGCCUGGAGCCUUCUAUGGACUCAGCAAACUGGAGGAGUUAGAUCUCAGUGACAACACAAACCUGAAGUCUAUCAAUCCUGUCACAUUCCGUGGUCUUGUUCACCUCCACACCUUACAUCUGGAUCGAUGUGGGCUCCUGGAACUCUCCACAGGGCUUUUUCGGGGAUUGUUUUCCUUGCAAUAUCUCUACCUUCAGGAUAAUAAUCUACAGAACCUGCUGGAUGACACUUUCAUAGAUCUCGCAAACCUCACCUACCUGUUUUUGCAUGGUAACAAAAUCAAGAGCUUGUCAGAGAACGUCUUUCGUGGGCUAAUCAACCUUGACCGUCUGCUUCUGCACCAGAACAGAGUCAGCCUGGUUCACCGCCGGUCUUUUCAUGACCUUGGGAAAGUGAUGACCUUAUAUCUAUUUAACAACAACCUGACCGUGCUCACAGGGGAAACCAUGGCUCCUCUGGUGUCCCUCCAGUACCUUCGCUUAAAUGGCAACCAGUGGAUCUGCGACUGCCAGGCUCGAUCCCUCUGGAAUUGGUUUAGGCAGUUUAAAGGAUCGUCUUCGGAGCUAGAGUGCCACCUUCCACCCCAUCUGGCAGGGAGAGACCUCAAAAGGCUGCAGAGCUCUGAUUUGGAAGGAUGCGUCGACUCUUUCAACCAGAUUCGAACAAGUGUUUUUAGCACUAAGACCAGGUCUGGUAAACUGCCCACCGGGAACCCUCCUCUCAGCUCCCAUGAUGGCUCUGUGAAGUGCUGCCAGCCAGAAAUGGAUAAAUCUUUUAUAUAUGAAGCUAAAGGCAAGGCAGGUCCUUCUUCCCACAGCAGCCGGCCAUCCUCCAACAACCCUCUCAAGGAUAAGGAGAAUAUGUCCAAAACCAAGUACAUUGAGACAGACCGUUCCAAAAAUAGCAGCAACAAGCAGAUAAAUGAUUCCCCUUUUGGGACCUUCCCCAGCAUUGUAGACCCUCCAAUGACCAAGUUGAAACCAGAGUUUCUAGAGCCUAUUGAACCUUCCACAGUCCCAACCAAAAAGAGGCAGGGCUGCUCUAAAAAGAACAAAUCAAAGGCCCAGUGCCGCCUCACCCAGCAAGGAAACAGCUCCACGUUACAGCUCAGCCUAAGCCUUUUGAUCCCUCCCUUGGUGUGGAGCUUACUGUUAUUCUGCUAAAAUUAACUCUUUUCCUGGGUUGAUGACACUUUAAUACAAGACUUUUGCUGACCUCCAUAAAUGUUACAAACGAAAGCAAACUACCAUUCACCCUGAGAAAGCUUUGUUACACAAAAGUUAACUGGAUGCCUUUAUAAAAAAACAAACAAACAAACAAACAAAAACAAGACAUAAAAAAAAAAGACAGACACCGAGAUGUACAUAAUUUAUUUGUCCUAAAACCUGUGAAUUAUACCUUUGAUCUUCGGAACUGCACUUGCCCACAAAGCAGCUUUUGCUACAGCAGAUGAUAAAGAAAUAUGGUUUAUUUACAGGAAAAAAAAAUGUGUAAGAAAUGCUCUGAAAAGAAUGUCUAAAAUUUGUUUGUAACUUGACAUCACACUAAACAAUAUUGCAGGUUCCCAUUUGCAGAGGUAAUGAAUUUGAUGCUGUUUUAAUCCUAUGUUUAUGAAUAU